AUGACCGAGUUUGAUGACACAAAGAAAUAUGUUUAUGAGAAUGAUGAUCCACCAUUGAAAACAAAUCUUGGAGCUAAUCUACAGCUAUUGAAUCGAGCCAUCCUCGACAAUACAAAUCCAACAGAUACAUCAGCUCGAAUCAAAUCCUCUGAGGCUCAUAGGAAAUGCGACGAGGCAAAGCGAGCAGUAGAGGGUAAUCACUCAGAAUCUGCAGGGUCAGCGUUGAAGGCGGUUAGUGAUGGACAAGACGAGCGCACGGUUCGACAAACUGUGAAUAACGUGGUUGAUCAGAUAAGGACGACAGGCGUGGGGUCAGGAGUGAAGAGGAAGCUUCAGGGUCGUGGGUUGAGAGGUGCUGGUGUCGCCCCGCUUGAAGGAGUUGUCCGUCGCGGGAGAACAUACACCUCAAUGAGAUCCACCCCAUCACCGAAUCGACGUAAGUGCGGACCAAAGCGCGUAAUUAGGGAUCCGCUACAGUCAAUGAUUCGAACUACCGGCUUCAAGCAGCACAUCGAUCAGGCAGAUUGCGACAAGCUCAGUAUUGAUGACAGCAAUCGAAGGAAUGAUGAUAAAGAUUCUGCUGGUAGCCAUGGAGACAACGCUGAUCUCAACGCAGCCGAGCUAAAAGCUGUUAUGAUAAAUCUUUUUAUUCUGGACCGCCCACAGAAGAAUCAGGCAGCUGUUUGGGCUGCUGACCUUGAUAAGUCUAUCAGGAAGGUUAAUGAAUCGACUCAGACAUAG